AUGAAAUUUUAUGGAGCUACUGGACUCUAUCCCUACAAUCCAGAAGCAAUACCAAAUGAAGCAUAUGCUCCCUCUGUUCUGACUGAAAGACCACCAGAGCAAGAACAUGUAGCCACAGUAGAUAUAUCUCCUGCUCCUGGUCCUUCCAAUAUAAAUUUACGAUUAAUUGAUAGUCCUAGAGCGGACAGUUCCGACUCCGAUCAGACAUAUUUUAACAGAAGUCCAUGUUCACCAUCUUUGCUACAACCAAUUGGGCCUAUCCCUUUAUCACCACCAUCUAUCCCAGAAGCAUAUAGUCGCUUUAAUAAGAAAAUAGUAAACUACAGCUCAACUGAUACAGAUCCUGAAAAUUACCACACUACAAUCACCAGACCAAUAAUUUAUAGUUCUGAGUCUGAUUUCUCUUUUGACGAAGCAUUGAUUUCCCAACACAUACAUCGCCCAAAUUUCGAAUCUAUAACUAAUAUAUAUAGUUCUUCCGAUGAUGAGAACAGAAACCCAGGAUCAAUGGAACAACAUACUCCUAUCCAACAGAUUAAUAUUUCAAGUACUCAUGUGGACGUAAUAGGACGUGACCACCACCUUGUAUCAAGCGACGAAGAUUCAGAAGACAAUAUUCCUUUAGAAAACUUGAGAGUUCCUUCAAAUUCUGCAACAACAUCUUCAUUCCAGCAAUUGAUACCCACACCUAAUUAUGUUGUUAUUAAAAAUAAACCAAGGCGAAGAAAGGCAAUAAAUUAUAAGGGUCGCAUAAUAACAAAAGAUUUAUUCAAAGAAAAGGAAAAGAAAAAAGAAAUGAAAAGAAGCAGGAAAACAGAACACGAAUCUCAAAGAUAUGAAAAAUCACGCAAAAAACCAAAGACAGACUUUAAAAAAAAAACAAAAAAGACCAAAGAAAUAGAUGACGAUAAUGAUAAAUGGUACUGCCACGCGUGUAAUGCUGAACGUUGUGAAGAUAUGCGUCAGUGUCCACUCUGCCGAAAAUGGUUUCAUGAAGAAUGUCUUGGUUUGACCAAAGAAGACAUAGAUUUUGAUUUAACAUUUGAUUUGAACUAA